UAAUACUCUGAUUUGUUACAAGUUAAAGGAGAAACAGUUAUUUUCCAUUGUGAGGAGUGGUAGAUUCAUAAACUAUGUUGUGGUGUCUUCAAUUAUCUGUGAAGUGAAUAUAUUUUCCACUAAUAAUUAUAAUAUUUGGAUUGGGAACAAUUAUAACCAAGUGUCUAUCCUGCUUUUCUGGCUUGAUGUUGUUCGCAAAGUAUCACAAUUGCGAUCCUUUUAUGAGCAAGAAAAUCGUGAAAAACGAUCAGUUGCUACCGUACUUUAUUUUGGACGUAGCAGGGCAUAUUCCUGGAAUAGCAGGACUUUUUAUUGCUGGAGUAUUCAGUACUGCCCUAAGUACGAUGGCAAGUGGAUUGAACACUGUAUCAGGUACAGUCUACAAGAAUUUCAUUGUAAAUUGGAUGCCAAAAGGUACCUCCGAAAAGACUGCAAGCAAUAUAUUGAAACUAAUUGUUAUAAUUGCGGGGAUAAUCUGUUCUGCGUUAGUUUUCGUAGUUGACAAACUGGGAGCUGUUCUUCAAGUAGCCAUGAGUUUCCACGGAUUAACAUCAGGAAUUCAUUUAGGAAUUUUCAUUCUUGGUAUGCUUUUUCCAUCUGCAAAUGCUACGGGUACCAUUUGGGGUGCAAUUGUUUCACUCAUAUUAACUGCUACAAUAACAUUUGGAGCCCAAAUAUAUGCUUUUCAGGGAAAACUAAAAUAUCCUCCUAUAUCGGCAUCUACAGAAGGAUGUGAUUUUUCACCUAAUAUAACGUCCUUUGCUAACAGCACAAUCACGAAUUUUUCUGUAGACGACAACAAACAAGUUUUUUGGCUCUUCCGAAUAUCCUUUUAUUACUAUCCACUUGUUGGUUUGGUCUGCAUAAUUGUUGUUGGUCUCAUUGUAAGCCACUUCACCAAAGAUGAAAAAGAAAAACCCGUGGACGCUCAACUGCUCAAUCCAUAUAUCUAUCGAUUUUUAUCGUCAAAGCAUUUCUCAUCAACUCCAGUUAAAUACGCAUCAGUCAAAGGUGCUCUACAAAUGACACAGGUUCAAGAUAGUACUUGUGGCAUAACUGAAAAGCCUAGUACACUGCAGUCAUCGUAGCACAAAAGUACUUACUUUUGAUAAAAAUGUUUAAAAAUAAUCGGGGUAUACUUCGAAAAAUACUUUUAGUAUGUAAAAUAUCAAAAAUGGACGAAAUUAUAAAUUACAGUAUUCAAACAUUAUUAAAAAAAUUGAUAUUUGUUAGAACCAUUUUUGAUAUCUUAUACCCUGAAACCUACUUUACUUAGUGGUAUACUCGUAUUAUUUUAAAAUUUUUUUACAUCAAAAAGUCUUUUAAUACGAAAGU